GUCUGCCCGGAAUCUGCGCGGGACGAAAAGAAUCUGACGGUCAACUUUGGUCAGCGAGCCAAUCCAACGGUCCAAAUUCGAAGACCCCAAUCUCAGUUUUCCCAAAGCCACUCAUCUCCGUCGUCGUCGUCGUCGUCUUCUUCCCCCACCUCUCCAUCAACAGAUGACCUCAAGAAUCCACUCUUUACCCUUUCCUGUGUUGUCUCAUCCACCUUCAGCUGCUUCUUCUGUUCACAUCUUCAAUGACCCAGUGAGGCUUUCCUUCCAUCUCUCUGUCCAUUUGGGUUUUUGUGAGGUCCUCCAUAGCCGUGAUUGAACUACGGUUCUUGUUUACUGUUCUUCAGUGACGAAUUGGAGCUGACCCUUGCCCAGUAAUUGAUUUGAGAGCGUGUGCGUGUGCGUGUGCGAGAGAGAGAGGGAGGGAGGCCAUGGGGGCUCAUGCCCAUUGUUGGGCAACCUGCUACGCCUCAAGCUCUCAGAAGCUCCUCCAAGCUUCUGAAUUUCGUUUUAGGAGGCUGAACAGAGCUUCUGAUUGUUGUAGUGGUAGCAGCGGUAGGAGGAGGAUUGUUGGGUCCUUGGGAGUUGGAGCUGAUGACAUAGCACAGAUUGUACAUAACAAAGUUUUGAUAGCAAGUGCCACUUCCGCGGCUAUUGGGCAGCUGACAAAGCCGUUAGCCUCCGCUUUUCUGUAUCGGACGGGGUUUGAUCUAAGGGCAGCCAUUCAGCCUGGGGGCUUCCCUUCUACCCAUUCCUGUGCAGUCGUGGCAGCAGCAACAUCCGUCGCACUUGAGAGGGGUUUCUCAGACCCAAUUUUCGGUCUUGCAGUUGUUUAUGCUGUUAUAGUCAUGUAUGACGCACAGGGCGUGAGAAUGGAAGUCGGCAAGCAUGCACAGGUGAUGAACAGAGUAAUGCUGAACGCCACUGUCAAUAGGAAGAUUGAUUAUGGUAACAGAAAAUCAACGGCAGUGGGUACAGGUCCAGCCGAGCGGACCGCGCAGGAGGAAGCGAUGGUGGGCUCUUAUAACUCAAGAACAGCUCUGGCCUCGACGCUGCUGAGACGGGAUGACCUAGAGGAAGAGGAGGCACAAGGAGAAGCUGCAAGUGCUAGCAUUAUCAUGACUUCUCCUUUGAAAGAAAGAGUCGGGCAUACAAAGGUCGAAGUCAUGGCCGGUGCUUUGUUGGGCUUCAUCACAGGAUUGCUUGUUUAAGCUUUAAAUACAGUAUGAACCCUAUAGAGUAUUCCAUUCUUUUUAAGGAAUUCUUUGUAGCCACGAAUUCUUUGUCGUCGGCGCCUCAGCAUAAUAGUGGAGUGCACCACCUCAGUCCAUGUUAUAGAUCUAUACAGAUUACUAGGAUAGAUAAAUGAGGACAUUAUGACUUAUGUAACUAACUUGUGUCUGAACAAUUUUUUUGAUUUUAUGUUUCAUUUCUUUGCUUUGGACAUC